ACCAUAUGGAAUAGUGCUCUUCUUUAAAGUAAUCGAUUAAAAGACUAAUUAGUGAUUAAAGUGACUCCUCCCAAACACGUCAAUUCUGUUGUACAAUUCGCGGUCGGGAAUUGUGUAUAUUUAAAUAAUUACUCGUUUACCGUGCAGAGUUGAUGUUUCUUUGAACAAAAAUCAGAUUUCAAAUAACGUAACAACUUGUGUGACUAACUCAUAACCUCCUUCUUUAUUCUGCGCUCAGUUACGCGCCGCCUACACAACCUCUCGGCCUCCCGCUCAACGAUACCAGCGCCCUCUCCUUAACGGAGCCUUGACUACUUAUCUAUCAUAUAUGUAAUACUACAUUUUGUUAGUUUUGUAGCACAGCUUCACAAGAUGGCUAAGAUUUUCAUCUUGAUCGCGUUGCUGUUGCACCUAUUUUGUACUACGAUAUAUGGUACAAUUUCGUGCUUGGAAUACUUCACAUACGUUAUCGAGCCGAAGACACGCAAUGUAAUAGGACAGAUCGCAAUCCCAUUUCCGCCAGAAAAUAAUGGAUUUCAUUUAGAAGUAGCCUUAAAUACUACCGCUGAUUUGGCGAAAGGGAUCUUUCGAUUAGAAUUGGCACGAUCGAUAAAAGAUUCCGUUCAAGCUGUUCAACAAGGGAAACCUUUGUUGUAUCAUGUUUAUUUGCCCGUGGACGUAAAUCUCCCGAUAGUAUCCGCAAUAUGGUUUAACAGUCAACAAUACUGUCUAGUUCCUGAAACAUCAAGCGAAAAUACCAAAGCUACUAUAGAGUUGGAACAUAUUGUGUAUCCGCCAAACGAAGAGCCUUUGCAGAAUUUCCAGCCACGGCAUCGAAAUUCGACAAACUAUAGCAUAGACAACUCGACUUACGACCAUCUCAAUAAUUUGAGGCAUUCUAAACGCACUGUUUCCACCCCUUUUAAUGAGAUUGCCAAGAACACAUUGUUGAAUCCAACCCUGGGUCAUUCAAUCCAAAAACGCAACACCGAUAACAUUAGCAAUAAUAAUAACGAAUGCGGUAUCACCAGCUACUACAAUGACAACAUAAACAGUCGGAUCUCAAACGGUGAUAACGUAUUACCAGGCCAAUGGCCGUGGAUGGUGGCACUCUACCUCUUGAUACCAGACGAACAAGUGAACCAGUUUAAGUGUACUGGUACCGUUUUAACAACGACCCAUAUCAUAACAGUGGCGCAUUGCUUGAAGUGGCAUUUUUACGGUAACGCUACUAUAGACCCCGAUUAUUUGUAUGUAGCCUUCGGAUAUUUCGAUUCAGAUCUGUGGUUUGAUAGGGGAACAAUUAAUCGCGGAGUCGCAAGUUAUAAGCUUCAUCCCGACGAGCAGUGGCGUAACGCCGAUUCCGAUCUGGCGAUCGUGACUCUCAAGACGCCCGUCGAGUAUAACCCUUUUAUCAAGCCUAUUUGCCUGUGGUCCGGUUCAACUAAUCUUGACGAUAUUAUCGGUAAGACAAGCUAUAUCGUGGGAUGGGGCAAAGACAAAUUAGGCAAGCGCAACACCGGGGAAGCACGGAUGGUAAGGCUGCCGAUAGUGAGUGAGGAGGUCUGUCACAGGAGUCAUUUGACUAUUGAAACUAUUACCUCGAAUCGUACUUUCUGCGCGGGUUUUCAAUACUCGUGGAAUCCUUGCAACGCUGACAGCGGAAGCGGGGUGAUGUUCUUCAACGCUACCACGGGCCGUUAUCAGUUGCGCGGCAUUGUUUCGCGAUCAGUAGGUGAAUUGUGUUCCGGGGAAUACCUCGUCAGUGUCGAUGUGGCCAAAUAUUUACCCUGGAUUCGAGAACAGAUCUCCACAUAACGUUAGUUCCUCGUUGCAGAACGUAAAAUAUGAUACUUGACGAGCUUAUUGCAUAAGAUUUAUCCGAAGCCACAAGUAGUUAUACAACAGAAGUAAGAAUUAAAGUUAUAAGUUUGAUCUUUGACGUUUUACGGCAAUUCUUAAUAUAAUACAUUUAUUACAACUGCAAAAUAAAAUGUAUAAGUGGACAUAAAUGUAUCUCAGACAGUUUAUCGACUUAUUAACAAUAAAAAAUCGUGUCAUGACA